AUGGCAAAACACAGACACAACGUUCUCCAUAAUGAUAUCCGAAAAGAAAAUAUCAUACUUAGCAACGACGGGAAGAGCGUAUUUAUUAUCGACUUUGGAUUAGCAACCAUAGAUAAUAAUAGAGAAUCCCCAAAUUUGUAUGAAGAAGAUCUCUAUUCUACUUCAGAUUACGAAUUACAUGAGAAUCUUGAAUCAGGCAAAACAAUAAUGGAGUCGAAUUUUUUAAACGGAAUAAUUGAUUUGACGGAUGCUAAUGUGAAAAACCGACUACAAUCGACAUUGGAUCAAAAACAACGAUCAUGGCUUGAUCGAGUACUAGAAAAACAAAGCUGGAUUCCAACACCCGAGUUCAAGGAUUUUUGUUUCCAAUUUACCGAUGACGUACGUGAUCGUGUCCAAAUCCCACCCAAGUGCGAAAGUCCUUUAUUAUGGGACGAUUUGACCCUUUUUUCAUGA